AAUUGCCUACAGUAUUCUAGUUGCACUAUCACAGUGUAAACAACUUCGGAUAUAAAUAAUAGUUAUUUUAUUAUAAUUGUGGGACUAUUUAUAUUUGAGAUGUGUAAUCUACCAGUGUUGACUAAAUGCUGUUGUUGUAUGCCAUUAAGGAAAGGAUUGAUUGCCUGGGGAUAUUUCAGAAUGAUUAUAACAGCUGCGUAUUUACUGGUAAUCGUCCACGAAGUCGGCACACAGUUGACACAGGUCAGUGCGAAAGGACUCGCCAUAGUGCUCGCCCUGCUGAGCUUCCUUGUGACCAACAUGGUUUUCACUGUGACAUUCGUCAUUGGUGCGCAUAAGAAAAACUACAAGCUGCUGCGGUUGUACUACUCCUUCAGCAUAUUCGCUCUGGUCGUCGCAAUCAUGGGCUACUUCAUAUUCAUUACUCUGCAAGUGGCGUUGACCUUGCAGGACGAAGAGAAAUACAUCCUUGGCUUCCCGUUAAUAGCUGUCAAUAUAUCUACAGUCACCAGUAUAUUUCUCGACCUGUACUUCCUCAUACUCAUCAAAAUCGAGAUUUUAAGGCAGCGAAACCAGACAGCCUAUUACGUGAACGGGGAACGUAGAGAAACUAGCUUCGUCCUUGACGUUUCUAUGGCGAAAGAACAGGACAGAAGAUGUACCACAAGCUACUCUGACUCGGAUUCUGACGAAGAUGUGGUUCAGAAGAAGCGAAUGUUUCCGGUUCAUGAAUUGGAGAUUUUGAAGAAAGAUUUAGAGAACAAAAGAAUAUAAAAUAUUCUAUAUAUAUACCUACUCGUCCACUUUUUAGGGUUCUGUGUCUGUACCCAAAGGGUAAAAACGGGAUCCUAUUACUUUGCUAUUACUAAGACUCCACUGUCCGUCUGUUCGUCUGUCCAUCUGACAUACGGACAGACAGAUGGACGGACAUGACGAAACUUUAAUAAGGCUUCCGAUUUUGCCACACUUAUACAUAGUAGUAUAUUUAUAUAAACUAUACACUGAAAUACCCACACUUUUUAGGGUUCCGUACCUAAAGGGUAAAAACUGGACCCUAUUACUAAGACUCCGCUGUCCGUCCGUCUGUCUGUCUGUCUGUCCAUCUGUCUGUUACCAGGCUGUAUCUCAUGAACCGUGAUAGCUAGGCAGUUGAAAUUUUCACAGAUGAUGUAUUUCUGUUACCGCUAUAACAACAAAUACUAAAAA